AUGUCAGCGCUUGAGGUUGGCACCCGACCUCCACUCGCAUCUGCUCAACCAGACGGCAAUGGACCUCGAAAGAGAAGGAAGCGGGCACCGGCUGCUGGCGCGGCCACUGAUUGUUUCACCUGCACCACUCGCAACGUCAAGUGCGAUCGAAGGCGCCCUUAUUGUUCCCAAUGUCUCGACGCCGGGAAGGACUGUUCGGGAUACAAGACUCAGUUGACCUGGGGAAAUGGUGUUGCCAGCCGGGGCAAGCUAAGAGGUCUCUCGCUGCCUGUAGCGGGCACUGCGCAGGUCGCCACACCACCGUCGCCACCAAACAAUAAGCGAAGACAAUCGCAAUUACAGCCUGAACAACCGCCGCAGCGUCCAAGGGUCUCUAUAUCGUCACAAGACGCCUCAAACAUUUCCCCUGCUUUCUUGCUCGGCCCUGGUUCAGUAGAAGGCAAUGUUGGGAUCAAACUUGAACAUCCUAUGGUUUCUCCCGGCCUGGCGGCUCCGUAUUCAAGCGCUUCAUGGGCCCCAACUAUUGCGACAGCACCUGGUGGCCCUGACGUGAUGGAGACGGAGGAGAUUCUUGCAUAUCCAACGGCAAUACCAAUCCCGCUAGCAUCGCCACUAGAACCCUAUCAUUUUUCUCAGCCACUCGAUCCGCACACUGCGUUUGCCACGAGUGAUCACAUGUCACCUGUGUCAUAUUCUGGAUGCACGGAAGGUUCUGCAUAUUUUGGACGUGUGACAAGCCAUGGUUCAAGAGGCGUACCAACUUCUGCUUCUUCAUAUGCCGCCUCCCCCCAAUAUUCGGCAUCAUACAACAACGUAUUCCCUACGCAAGCACAGUACCCCGUCUUCAGUGGACCGCCUGAAUCAUACGGGCAACCAGCUCCAUACCGGCUAUGUUUUCAAUCUCAAACACUACAUCCAGGGGUAAAUCAAAGAGAAGAUGUUCCAACAGAGGAGGAUGUAGAAGAGAUGCCCCGUCAUGGCCAAGGCUUUGAAGAGUCCUGUGCGAUUGUGGAGGAUGAUUCUUCAGUGGUCUUACAACCGCUGUCGAGAGUAUAUCGCCUUUCAUUAUCCCCUCUUGCUGGAAUGGGAUCCAUCGGUACUACACCAAGAAUGCAAUAUUUAAUCAAUUACUAUGCUGAAGUUAUCUCGCCUGUCAUCGUGGCCUUUGAUGGGCCAUCCAACCCCUUCAGAACUAAAAUCCUUGAGCUCGCCGUGAGGAGUGAGACUUUACAACACGCUAUAUCUGCAUUGUCGGCAAGCAAUCUCAGACAACGACGAGAAACUGGCGCAUUAUCUACUGGCAAGACCGACCCAGCGAGACGCUCUUCUAUGGCACAUUUGUCCUUGACGAAAGAGUCUUGGCACAGCGCUGGUUUAUUGACACCACAAGAACAGGCUCGAGAGGAGUCAUUGCACAAAGGCAUGGCUAUCACGUCAUUGAACAAGCAAUUGGCAAAUCCGGUACAUCGGAAGGAUGACUCAAUCCUGGCAACCCUUUUGAUGUUGUGUCUGUUUCAUAUUUGCGAUACCGGCAUUGCAAAAUUCCAGACACAGUUCGCAGGUGUGAAGAAACUUCUUGGCCUUCGCAAGGACGAUCUUCGAUUGAACACGAAGGAUACUAAUUGGAUCGCCAGACUUUUCACAUGGUUUGAUGCCAUGACAGCAACGGUCAACGAUCGUGAGGGCCAACUGCAGGGUUCCUACCUUGAUAUGUCAGCCUUUUCAGACGAAGAAUGGGCAUUGGAAAACCUUGCAGGCUGUGACGGGCAGCUGUUCAAGAUAAUUGCUCAGCUCGGUCGGCUGAACGUGCUGAGUCAAGGGAAAGGAGUUACAGAAUACCCAACUGUUAUCUGCCGACCUCUUCCACCCAUGCCACCAGCGGUUUUGCUCAAUCCCGAUUUCAGUAACUUCGAUGGAAAUGGAUGGAGGCAAAUUAUCGAGGACGAGAGUUUGUUUACUGCGGAACCCAAAACCUCGUCCAGCAGCGAGCCGGAACAGCAGACACAGUUUUGGCGCGAGUGGCGUGAAAUCCGACGUGCGCUGCAAAUGUGGCAGCUUGACACUUCACUGUUUGAUGCAACCAGCCUCGCCGCACCAUAUCUCACCGCUGACCAAAGAUUGGAUCUGGCAAAUAUAUCUGAAUCAUUCAGAUAUUCUGCGUUACUCUAUACAGAGCGGCUGGCCAACCCGAAGGUGCCUAGCACAGACGGGCGCAUCAGGUCAUGGGUUCACCAGUGUCUGAGAUACAUCAAGGCUGUCAAGAGUGAUGUCUACCUCCUCUGGCCUCUCUUCAUCACGGGAAGUGAGUGUGUUGAUGAAGCGGAUCGCAGCGUGAUCCGUGAAAGGUGUCUUGAUAUCCAAAAGGACAGUGGAUUCCUGAACAAUCAAAGUUGCUUGGAAUUGCUAGAGAAGGUUUGGAGGCGGUAUGAUGAGGAUCAUCCCACAAGCCCUCAAGAGGAUGGACGAUAUCAAACCCGAGAAGAGGAAAGCGGAUUCCGGUUCACGACCAUUAUGAAACUUGAAAAUAAUGAGGGCGAAUAUAUUGUUGUUUGA